AUGGACGUCACGGGGCUGCGGCACCGCAUCCACGAGGCGUAUAAGAGCACUGCGGAGAUGCUGCUAUCGGCGCGCAGCGCCACGGCCUUCGCGGAGAAAGGCGUCCUCACGCCGGACGAAUUCGUCGCCGCUGGGGAUAAUCUGGUGGCCAAGUGUCCCACGUGGUCCUGGGAAGGAGCCGACCCCUCUCGACGACGAAGCUUCCUGCCUGCCGACAAGCAGUACCUCAUCACUCGCAAUGUCCCCUGUCUGAGGCGAGUGGGGGCGAUGGAGGAGGAGGUGCUGCUGGCGACAGGUGGCAGCGAGACAUUGGUUGACGCUGACGUGGAUGGGGAGGACCACGAGCCCUGGGUUGCCACGUCGAAGCUCGGCGGUGCUUCCUCAGCAGCAGCAGGUGCGGGUUCGGCACAGCAGGAGUCCCUUCCCUCCAUCGAGGCAGCAGCACCCCCAGCAGCAGGAGGAGCAGGGGAGGGUGGGGGAGCGGGAGCAGGGGAGAGAAGGGCUGGAGGAGCAGCGGCGGGAGAUGAAGAGGAGGAGGACGAUGUACCCGAUAUAGCGGAAUUCGAUGAUCUGGAUAAUGUGCUCGAUGCGGACCCUGCGGCGCUACAGCUGGGGGGAGGGGGGUACCUGGUGGCAACAGAGCCAGAGGACGACCACAUUCUGCAGACUCGCACUUACGACCUCACAAUCACAUACGACAAGUACUACCAGACUCCAAGAAUCUGGCUCUUUGGUUAUGAUGAGCAACGGCAACCCCUGGCAGCAGAGCGAGUGUUUGAGGAUGUGAGCCAAGACCAUGUCAAGAAGACGGUUACCAUUGACGACCAUCCGCACCUUCCAGGAAAGUAUGCAUCGGUGCACCCAUGCAAGCAUGCAGCGGUGAUGAAGAAGAUCAUUGGAAUCAUGGCAGCCAAUGGCGUGCAGCCACGUGUCGACCAGUACCUUUUCAUAUUCCUUAAGUUCAUCUCGUCGCUGGUGCCUACUAUCGAGUAUGACUACACCAUUGAUUUCGAUAUGGGUGGUACACUGGGCGCACAUGAGGACGACGGCGAGGGAAGUGAUGAUGAGAACCACAAGUCUAGCGGUAAUGGGAGAGACCAUGCUAGUGAAAUAGAGGAAGGUGUAAAAGCAGCUACAAUCACGGAGGUUAGUGGUGGGAAUGGGGAGACAGGGGACACAGUUCCAGGCGCCGCCGUGAAACCCUUCGCUAGUCGGCUUGUCGCGAGCAUCGCGGCUCCGAAUAGUUGUGGCGGCUCGAAAUCAGCUUGCUGUCGAACACGUCCUUACGAAAAGCUUGGCGAUUUGGGCACGACGGCCAAGGAGAAGGCCAGCGAGGCCAAGGCCAAGGGCGGCGAGAUGCUGGGCAAGGGCAAGGCGGAAACCCAGGAGAGCGUCGACAAGGCGAAGCACCCGUUCAGCCACAGCGCGCACGAGGCGGCGGACGCGAAGGAGGCGGCAACUAAGACGAGCGCGGAGAUGGGGAAGGAGGAGAAGGUGGCGGGCGCGCAGAUGGGCGCGGCGGGGGAGAAGGAGGCGCGCCACCUGAAACACCAGACGGGGCUCUAG